UCACAUCGCGACGCGAGCGAGCCACCAUCUGCUGAGGUUGUCACACUCGUCCAACUCUUCCGUUCACAUAGCCUACACACACAAAUACGCUGGCACUGGACUUUAUGUAAUUUCUAACCGCCAGGAGCUCAGUGGAUAUUGUGAAUUUUGGAAAAGGGAUUUAGUUCGCGAGCUCCGACUCUUAAACUGAUUUGAAGGCGGGAAGCGCGAGAGGGUAUGCCGAGCCAAUAAAUAGAAGCUGGCCGCUUAAACGGUCGCCGUCGGCAUGAAACUCACGGGGGAAACGUAAAAACGGACUCUCAAAAGAACUUAAAACGUUAAAUACGGACUCUUUCACAUGAGAAAAAUAGAAACAGUAAGAAAAGGAUUCCCUCAAACAAACCUUUGGUUUCAGAACUUGGACAGCUCCCUCGUGCAGCCGCCUACACACAGUACCAAACCGACCGUGAGAGGAUUCAUCGAAACUACUGCACAAAACCGAACCAGUUCUUCUCGGUAUUCACCCCCAGAACACCGUGACGCCAUGGCCGGUGUACUUCAGGGAGAGAAGCAGCUUUUUGAGAAGUUCUGGAAGGGCACGUUCAAAGCCGUGGCAAUGCCGAGACCCGAGAGCAUCAUCGUCGCCAGCAUCACCGCACGGAGAGCCGUGACAAAACUGGAGACAGCAGUUAGCCUAGCACCCAAAGACGAUGAGGAGAAAGCGAAAACGAAAGAUGCAGUUGCAAAAACCCAUAAGAAAAAUGGACACAUAAAACGCAGAGGAAGUAAACGCCACAGUCACCGGCAAGUUCAGAGUGUCUCUUUUGAUGCUGAUCUGUCCCCUCGUCCGGUCCCUAAAGCAAAGAAAAAGAAGAAGAAGUCACAGAGGAAGAAGAGGAGACACAGAUCUCCCUCCUGCAGCCCAUCACCUGUGAGGAAGAAGAAGAAAAAAAAGAGCUCAAAGAAAAGGAAGCGACAUAGGUCUGCCUCAAGGAAGGGACGACACAGUGGCUCGAGUCCCAGACAUAAAAGAAAGGAGGACAAAAAGCAUAAAAAGAGGGCAGGGAGCCACUCUCAUCGCAGACACCGGCGCUGGAAAGCAGAAAUUAGGAGUUCUUCCAGCAUGGAAAACAGAUCUGAAGAUUGUGAAAAAUCUGGUUUCCAAGACAGUGGCCAUUCUUCAGCUGUCCAUGGAGGCAAUGCAUGCAGGUCGGCAAUCAAGCUGACCAGUAAAAUCUCAUCUAAGUGCUGCUGCCACUUUUCUGAAAGCACCGUCUCACCAUUACAUUCUGGGGUUGAGGAUUUAAACAAAAUGGUGAUCGUCCAGGACUCAAUAUCCAAUAAGGGCAAAGGACAUGCAGAUUACGAUUCGGGAAAUGACACGUCCUCUCCGCUGUCAAGUAAAACAGGCAUCACAAAAUCAAAGGUUACUCGAAACGGAAAGUUCUUGUGUCAGGAUCUGACAUCUCCUGAGAAGCUUAGGCUAGCCUAUGGGGACAAUGCCUCAGAUUCAGGCAACUCACUAACCAGCUAUGAAUCUCUGGGUAAACCACUGGUCAAAGAAAAUACCCUACACAGCUCUGACUUCAACAAGCUCAAACGUGAAAAAACGGGCAGGUACUCUGAUUUGGAGAAGACACAGCCUCUGGGUCUCAUCACUGAUAGGACUCGGAGUCCGUCUUCUGAUAGAUAUCAGGAUCGAACGAGGUCCCGCAGCAGAAGCAUAUCAUCCCAAAGCAGAUACUCAGGGCGCUAUUCCAGAAGCCGAUCCCAGUCCUCAGGGAGAAGAUCAUAUUCCCGUUCGUCUAGUUACUCCCUGGAUUCACGGAGAGACAGUCUGUCUAGUGCGAGCAGUUACCACAGUCUAAAUUACUCACGGUGCACACCAGACAGGUUUCGAGAGCGGAAAAGGGCCUGCAGUUCCUGCAAGAGUAGAAAGCACAGCAGGAGAAGACCUUGUUCCCCAAUGAGGAAGAGAAGAAGAGAUUCCCCCAGUCACCUGGAAGCCCGUAGAAUUACAAGUGCCAGAAAGAGGCCGAUCCCCUACUACCGUCCCAGUCCCUCCAUCAGCAGCCGAUCCUCCAGUCUCCUGUCCUGGCGCCUGUUUUCUCUCAGUCGCAGUCGAACUCGCAGUCGUUCACGGAGUCGCAGCCGCAGCCGCAGUCACACUUUUUCUUCAUACAGGAGCUACAGUCGCAGCUCAUCAUGGAACUCUAUAUAUAGCAAACGCAGUCGCAGUCGGAGCAGAAGCUAUGACUCAAUGGUGAGCUAUAGCAGAGCCCGUCGCUAAUUUACGGAUGAACCAGAUGCCGGAAUGCUGAGCUACAGCACAAUCCCAGGAUCGUGUCUUACUGUAACUGGUAGUGAAAUGGAGCAGCACUGAGAACAUGCUGUGCUUAGAUGUGGAACACCAGCCAGUGACAGGUUCAUCUGUUCAGUUUCAGAUAAGACUGAAGCUUUCCAUAUUGUUGUGUACUAAACUGUGCUUUCAUCCAUCCUGCUCAAAGGAAAACUUGUCUAUCAAUCAUAAAGCCUGCUGUUGUAGGAAGGACUGGACCGGAGGUUUCAAUAUGUGUGCUGCAAUCAGUGAGUUCUGCUAUACCUUGUUUUGCUCAUAGGUGUGAGGAUAUUGUUAUUAAUUUAUCAAAACAGCCAUAGUAGAUAAAAGGAAGUGCAGGGUCGCUCAUGAGACACUCAUAACCUUGACUGUAAAAGCCCAUGUAUGAAUCUAUUGUAUUUUUGUAGUGUUUUCUUUUUUAUAGGAUAUGUCAAAAGUGCUUGAGGAGAAAGAUUUAUUGCUUUCAUAACAGUUUUUACUGAGAGCAGUCGCUUCUGUGUUGCACACACCUUCACUUUUGAAAAAUGUGCCAUCCGAAUCGGCCCCACUGGCAAACGCACACCCCAUCAGCCCAAAUGCCAGCUUUGUUUAUCUUCUGUUGAACUGGAAAACAAUUCAAAUGUCACUGCCCGUGAUGGAGAUGAUGAUGGUGGUGGUGGACAAUCAAAAUGCAGGU